AUGUUAUGGUUAGAAAAAUAUAAACCUCGAGAUUUUAAUUCAAUGACUGACCACACAGAAAUUAUUUCUAUUUUGCAAAAAUACAACAUACAUAAUAUUCCACAUCUGAUUUUUCACGGAAAGUCGGGAAGCGGCAAGAAAUUAAUUGCUUACAAUUUGAUUAAACAUCUUUUUGGACAAAUAUCUGUGCCUAAUGUACGUACAAGUGAAGUCAAAGCAGGCAGUAGAAUGAUUGAAGUUAAUUUUUUAGAAGCCAAUGAAUUUAUUGAAAUCUCUCCAUCCGAUUAUAAUUUCCAAGAUAAAGUUAUAAUACAAUCAAUAAUUAAAGAAAUGGCACAAAGUAGACCUGUAAUGUCUUUUUUUAGCACCAAAAAAACGCCUUCCAUUAAAUUUGUCAUUAUAUCGGCAGCGCAUGAUCUUUCACAUGAGGCACAAGCAGCGCUUCGUCGAACUAUAGAAGUAUAUUCUGAAUGUUUUAGAAUAAUACUUAUUUGUUCACAACUCUCAAAAAUCAUUGAACCAAUAAGAAGUCGAUGUGUUUUUGUAAGAAUCAGAGGUUUUAAGCCACAGGAAAUAAAAAAUCAUAUAAAAAAUAUUGUAACAGCAGAAAACAUAAAUAUUAAUGAACAAAAUAUUGAACAGAUUAUAAAAAUUUCUGAUGGAAACAUGCGAAGGGCCCUUGGUUUGUUAGAAAUUUUAUAUCUUAAGCACUCAGAGGAAGUUAAUAAGAGAUUGAAACUUGAUUUAAAUCAUGUAAAAUUGGAAUGGGAAGUUGUAAUGGAUGAAAUUUCAGCAUUGGUUCGUAGAUCACAUAAAACAGAAACUAUAAUUGAAGUUCGUAAAAAACUUUAUGUUCUUAUUAAUUCUUGUAUAACAGCACAUUGUAUUUUAAUGGAGCUUUAUAAAAGAUUUGUAAUUAAAGAAUCAGAAAUUACAAGAAUGAAAAUUGUUGAUUUAGCCUUAAUUUAUGAAGAAAGAUUAAGACAAGGUACAAAAGGUAUAUAUCAUAUAGAAGCUUUUAUUAUUGGAUGUGUGUGUGCUUUUAGUAAAUUAUUAUAA